AUGUAUUCAAUAGAAAAAUUACCAAAUGAAAUAAUUUAUCGUAUAUAUGAUUAUAUUGAUGUUUGUUCAAUAAUUAAUUUGAGUUAUACAUCUAGAAUAUUUUAUUAUUGUCGAAAUAAUUAUAAUUCAUAUAAAAUUAAUUUUGAAUCAAUAUCAAAAGUAUAUUUUGAUUUAAUUUGUCGUAUUAUUUAUCCUGAAAAUAUCAUAUCAUUAAAAUUAUUUGAUAAUGAUAAUACACCUGGACAAAUAAAAUCAUUUAUUAAAAAUUUUCAAAUAAAUAAAUUAAAACGAUUAAAAUAUUUAAAAUUAAUUAAAAUAAAUGAAAACGAUUUAGAAUCUAUAUUAAAACAUAUAAUAAAUAAUCGAUUAAAUUAUCUUGAAAUUGAAUAUCGACAAUAUUUUACAAUAUUAAAUCAAUCAACAAUAUUUAUUCUACAAAAUAUAUUAUCAUAUAAAACUCUUCAAGAAGUUAAUUUAGAUAUGAGAUUUUAUCAAAAUGAUUUUAUUCAAUGGCCACAAUCAACUCAUAUUCAAUAUUUAACUUUAUUUAAUUCAAAUAUAUAUCAAUUUAAUCAAAUUAUUGAAAAACAAAAUCAAUUUAAAUCAAUAAUACUUAAGAAUUUUACAAUGAAAUAUUUCAAUGAUAUAUUAUUUAAAAAAAAUUCAUUAAAACAAUUAAAAUCAUUUAAAAUUGAAGAAAGUGAAUUAUUUAUGGAAAAAAUUCAAUUGAUUAUUUCAUUAAUGAGUGAACUUAUUUAUCUUAAAUUAGAAGGAUAUACAAAUAUAAUUGAAAAUAUUUUUCGAAAUAAUGAGUUAGAAGAAUUUUUUCAAACAAAAUUAAUUCAUUUAAAAACAUUUGAAUUUUUUAUUCGUUUUUCACCAAAAAAUGAAUUUUUAAGAGAUAAUUUAAUAGUUGAUUCAUUUAUAAAACAAUUUCAAAGAUCUUAUUGGAUAUCAAAUUUAAAUUGUUUUAUAAAUUGUGAUUUAAUUAGAAAUUCAAAUGAAAUUCAUUUAUAUUCAAUACCAUCUAUAUUUAAUUAUUUCAAAUAUUCAGAUCAAAUUAAUAUGAUUUCAUAUUCAACUUCAUCUUCAACAAAUUAUUUAAAUGAAAGAUUUCAUUUUGUUUAUCAUUUAGAAUUAAAUCUUAAAGAUUUAGAGAUCGUAUCAAUGCAAAUAAAGAAUAAUGAAGAAGAUAAUCGAUUAUUUCCAAAAUUAAAUUAUUUAAAAUUAACAGUGAAUGAUCAAUGUUCAUUUGAUUGUUUUAAAUUACUUUCGAAAUCAGUCUAUUUGAAAAAUUUAGAAAAACUCGUAUUAAUAAUAUGUUCUCGUGGUAGUUAUCUUAAUUUAAUGAUAAAAAAUUUUUUAAUUUUCUUAAAAAACUUAUCAAAUAUUAAUUCAAUUGAAAUAUUUAAUCGAUGGCAUGGAAUUUUUUCAUUUAUUGAUAUUAAUUAUUUUUGUUCAAUGAUUCCAUAUAAUAUAAAACAUCUUGAUAUUGAUAUAUUUGAAAUAGAUCAUAUUGAAAUUCUUAUUGAUAAACUUGAAAAUGUAUCAAGUUUUAAAUUUAAAUUUGCAUUUGAUAAAUCACUUUAUUUAAAACAAAUUCUUCAAUUGUUAGAUAAUAAAAAAAUUAAUUCAACAUAUAUAUCAGAUAUUCAUUAUUUAUCGAUUUGGAUAUCAAAACAAUUUAAUCGAACUAAUUCUAAUAAACGUAUCAAAUUAACAAAUUAA